UUUACUUCAUAAUUCUCGUUCGAGAAUAUAUGAGAGCCCGCCCGCGCAUGCGCAAUCAUUAUCGUUCUGCAUUUUUUACUAGUGCGUUCACUAGUAUUUUCGUAGCGCAAAUCCUUCGAAAUCUUCGCAAUCGCAAAGUUAUUCGGAUCUUUUUGGACAUUUAUAUAUUUGUUUGGACCUUCGCCUUCAGUCUUCACGUCGUUUUUCUACUUUUGUGUUUAUCUUCGUGAUUUUUUCUCGUAUUCUCAACAUGGAAACACGCGGGUUUGACGCCGGCGUGACCGACACCACUACGGUGACCAACACCACUGCCGAAAGCCCCGGCGCCGUGCCUGGCUCCGGUGCGGCCGCGAAGGGAAGGCAGAAACAGGGCCGUAAGUACGGCGAUGCAAGCCGACCGAGCAAGGCAAAGCCAAUCUCGGCGGCGACAAACAAGAUUAAGAACAGCAAGGCUAAGCCAAACUGUGCAAUCGUUACCCAGAGUAAGGCUCAGCCAAGCCCUGGGAUCGAUAACUCUCAAAUAAUGUCGCGACUCGAGAAGUUAGAAGUGAUGUUUUCACGCGUCGUGGACGCUUUACCUAUGUCAUCGGGGACUGCUGUCGGCAGCCACGACACUAAGUUGACUGAGCCUGAACCACGUGCUGGUCAGCCCGACGAUCAUUUUCUGCUUGACAGAGAUGAUGAUGAUGAGGACAUGAACUUUCAUGAGUUUGAACAAGGAAAGCACGAAACAGAAGAAUUCUCGCAGGAAAUUAAAGUUCCUCAAUUAGCCGCAAAAUUUGCAGUGCCAUCGACGCUAGGGCGACCGAUUAAUGGGGAGAUUGCUGACGCAAUCACCUACAUGAUGGAACAAAAAAUGGAAGACAAAUCCUUGGCCGAAGCAGCGGAUAAGUACCCCUGCCCAGAAAACUGCGACUUGCUGGACGUUCCCAAAGUCAACAAUACCAUUUGGGAACGAAUGUCGACAUCUUUCCGAUCAAGAGACUUCAAGCUCCAAAAUGUGCAGAAAUCGCUGACGAAAGGAAUUUGCGCAUUCGCAAACACGCUCGAUCCAACCACCAUGACUGAUCAGCAACAGGAUGCCUUGGCACUUCUCUGCGACGCAAACUUCAGCGUGAACUCGCUCCGGAAAGACUUUAUCAAGCCUGAAGUUCACAACGAUUUUCGCCAAUUCUGCAAACCCUCCAACAAGGUGACCAAGUUUCUCUUCGGGGACAAUCUUGGCAAACAGGUUAAAGACCUCCAGGACCAGCUCAAAGUGACCGAGGGGGUCAUGAUGAGACCAAAACAAGGCAAUCAGCAAACUCAAUAUCAUCCAUACAAGAGGUACAAUGACGAUGCCAGACAAAAGAUGAAGAAGGCAGGCUGGCAAACAUCACAGGCUAUGCCUGGAUCUUCGGGGCGCCCUUUUUUAGGGAACAAGUCGUGGAGGGGCAACGACCAGGAAGACUUUCACUCCUCACACAUACACCCCAACAGCAGCGGCGGCAAAGCCGGCAAGAGGGAGGAACUUCCAACCCUACCGACACAAUCAGGGGAGGAAAUAGGCGGCCGCCUUAGUCUCCCAACCCAAGGCGCCGAAGGGAUUUGGAACAGACACUUCGCCUCACAAGGACUAAACAUGGAGUCGGCAACAAUUUUGGGAGCUUCUUGGAGAAACUCCACAAAGAAACAGUACAACACUUAUAUAAUGAAAUGGAAAAAGUUUUGUCAAUCUCAGAAAUUGCCAUGGACCCACACAAAGGUGGAAAGAUUGCUGGAAUUUUUCAAUCAAAUGUACUUCAGAGAAAAUGUUGGCUACAGCGCCAUCAACACUGCAAGAAGUGCCCUUGCAUCGUUUGUUUUAUUGGAUGAUUGCAGCUAUACAGUCGGAACGCAUCCUUUGGUUUGCAAAUAUUUGAAAGGAGUGUUCCAACUCAGGACACCCACGCCUAGAUACAGCGGCAUAUGGGAUGUCAGCACCGUCUUAGACUACCUUCGCCGAUUGACGCCGGCUCACAAGAUACCUCUACGUGAAUUAACACUUAAACUCGGCACGUUGCUAGCAUUAGUCUCAGCACAGAGAGUGCAAACACUUCAUUACUUGAAUAUUGACAAUGUGAACUUUAAGACUGAUUCAGUGGAAAUCUUUGUUGAUGAACUGCUAAAGCAAAGCAGACCAGGGAAUAUUGGAAUGACCCUAAAAUUGAAUGCUUUUUCGCAAGACAAACGCAUUUGUGUAGUGCAUUACUUGCGACAAUACCUCCACAGAACUAAGGAUAUUAGGGACAGGGAAAAACAUCUGUUCAUCACCUACCAGAAGCCUCACAAGCGAGCAACCAAAGACACGAUCGCUAGAUGGAUCAAAGCGGUCCUUAAAGCUUCUGGCAUCGACACGACAAAAUUUAAAGCUCAUUCUACCAGAGCAGCAUCCACGUCUUCGGCUCGUAAACACGAUAUACCGAUAUCGGAAAUACUUAAACAAGCCGGAUGGGCAAAUGCAAAGACAUUCGAGAAAUUUUAUAACAAACCUGUGGAAGCAACAGCUUCUUUUGUAUCACUGAAGGCAGGUUCUUCGAAAACAUAAACGUUCCAUGAUGGGUCAGGGAGCCACAUCAUUGAUACGGUGCCCACAGGUCAGUACGACUUUUUUUUUAUUGGUGCACACUGUUACUACAGCAUCGUGACUACUGAUCUUUGAAAUCUCAUAUAUUCUCGAACGAGAAUUAUGAAGUAAAAUAGUAAGAUUAAACGAGAACUUACGUUUGAAGUUUGAUCGUUAUUUUAUGAAUAAUUAGAGGGAAGAGUAUAUAUGCCCACCUCUCCCUCCCUUUGUCAUAAAGGUCAACUUAAGGCAGUUCUCGUCAGCUUCUAUUUUUCUUCAGGACUAUUUUCCAACAGUAGCCACGAUUGCUUCAAAAAAUGAUUGCGCAUGCGCGGGCGGGCUCUCAUAUAUACUCUUCCCUCUAAUUAUUCAUAAAAUAACGAUCAAACUUCAAACGUAAGUUCUCGUUUAAUCUUACU